AUGGGUGUUGACCCUUUAUCUCCAAUUGCACCAGUGCGCCUCAGAGCGCUGCUGCUUCCAAUUGGAAGAAUCAAACGCUCCCGAUUUCUGAGCUUCGCAGCUCGAUUACAAGCUGAAAAUGUAGUUCGGCUAGGGGACAUCAGUCCCGAUGCUCGACCAAACCGAAACAUGUUUUCCCCAUUAGCCUUUCCGACUGGGAUGAUUCUCUACGACAUAUCCUUCUCAGUCCCUCCCACGUCGCACCUUGAAUUGUUUCCAUUUGAGACAUUCAGAGAACCACUUGUAAUUAUUGUGAUAGCGGAUGGUGCUGAGAUGCCAAAAAGCCCCCAGUCAAACAGCAAACAUCCAACUCCAGAGGGACUUGACCAGUUGCUAGAGGAGCUUAGUACAGUGAAAUCGAAGAAUCCACGGGCAUUGGUGAACCAGCUCCUGAUAUUUGACUAUGAUGGUCUAGAGAAGCUCACAAAUGGACCUGAAAAUGUUCUUUGGAUCCCAAGCCCCCAAGAAUCCAAAGCUACUACAAUGAAAACGGUCCUGUGUGAUAUCACCUCGAUUUUACUCUCGGAGCUGGAUGAGUUCGCUAAGACAAUUCAAGCCAUUCCAACCAUCGAUUCUCCUAAAGCAUUCUCAUGGGGACCACAUCGAAACCCAGAGCUACGGCCUCGACCCGUAGAUAGGUUGCUGAGCCGGAUGACCUUGCCUGCACAAAUGCCAUCUAACGCGAAUGGUACGCUGGACUCCCCAUUGAGUUCCAACACAACCUCGCCAGCACCCAGUGAACACGAGACACCUACUACGUUUGACGAAAUCACUCGAUCGAUUCAUCUCUCACGUUCAACCGCCGGUGGCGGCAAAAGUCCCUCGGUAGCAUCGAUCAAAGAGCAUAGUCGUGAAAGGAUAUCUGUCAGCGGAUUAAGCGCAACAGACAGAACCAAAAACCGCAUCAAAGCCCGGGCUGGUGUUGUAAUUGGUACUUUCUUCUUGCAGGCAGGAAGGUGGCACGACGCAUUGAAAGAGCUGAUUGACGCGGCGAACAAUGCCCGAGCAAGCAGCGAUUAUAUCUGGCAUGGAAAGGCGCUAGAGAAUAUCCUUCUUUGUCUAUUGAUGCUAGGAUGGGCAGGUAUGGAUUUUCAGAUACCCCCAGUCCUUUACCCUGUUGCCGAGAAAUCUUCCAAGGCACACAGGGACUCGGUUACUACUCCAGCAAGUGCUGGUAAUCGCAUUGUCUCUCUUCAAAAUCUAGCUAAUCUUCUGCCCGAUCUGUCAAACACAAUCCUGAAUCUGUAUACCCGAGCCGCCAACAUCACAGAUGAACCCCUACCUCAAUUGGUAUUCUCUGAGACAGUCAUCCGAUUAUCAAGAGUGAUGGUCUCGGCUCGUGUUCGAGAUGGCGCUCUUGACGAUAACGCUCUCAAACAUAUUGUGAUGAAUGAACCUCUGAUUCCUUUACUUCAACCAGAGCUUCCACGCGGGACUGUACUGCUCCGGAGAUCUGAUAUCGCAAAUUUCCUGUAUCGUGCUCUGCCGCUCUCUGCGGGUGCGGAUUUGCCCGCAACCGAUGCUGUCCCCAUAGUAGUGGGUGUUGUUUCCGUCUUGAAUGCCCUCGAUUUACCCCGAAAAAAGGCCUUUAUCAUGCGUGAGCUUCUUAAUGUGAUUGUACCCAGUCUUGUGCAGGCCCGGAAGAUUGGUGCUGCAGAAGUUGGUAUUCAUCCUGCUGCUGGACUGGCUUCUCUCAGCGAUACUGCAUUUGACGUGAAUGCUCUGGACAUUGGCCCUGGAAACAUGGAAUCAAGUGUACGUAUUCUUCUUGCUACAAUAGGGGAGAUAUAUGGCGUUCAACCCUCUGAAUUUCAUGAAUGGGAGAAACAACAGAGCCGAUCCAGUGGCUCCCAUGAUAUUCCUGCAUAUGAUUCUGUUGCAGGUAUCACAGAGAGGUCUUUCCGAUAUUUGUCUUUGGAAAGAUAUGGUGACCUCAACUUAAAGAUCGACGUUCUCAGGGCUUGUAUCAACUGUUGCGAGGCACUUCCUGACUUUGAGGGUGUCCUACGUUUCACAGUCGAGCUUCUGCAAACCAUUCGAGGUGAUUUGAUGCUUAGUGAGACUUACAGAAAGCCGCCGUGUCUACCUCCAGACGACCAAGUCCGCCUCUUGAACAACAUCAAACGCACCGUUGGUGCUGCGAACCGCCUAGGUGUGUCCAAUAUGUUCGCCGAGUAUUGGGAUGAUUUUCUGGUGCGUGAAGUUCAACUUCUGGCACUGCCAGAUCCAAGAAGACCAGUUCGUCGGUCCAAGUCAGAGUUGGAUGCUGUCACCACAAGCUCCGAGCAGUCAAAGAAGGAUCCAUUCCUAUACAAUCCCUUUGCUAAGCCCAAUAGCAAAGCCCUAGAGGCGUUGGUAGUAACGGACGAACCUGCCUCUUUCCGAGUUACUUUGCAAAACCCCUUUGAAUUUGAACUCGAAAUAGAACAUCUACGACUGGAAAGUACAGGGGUGGAAUUUGAAGCUCUAUCAGAAAACAUAUUUCUGCCUCCGCUUUCUCUACAAGACAUCAUUGUUCUUGGUACGGCCCGUGAGGAGGGAAGUCUUGAUAUAUCAGGCUGUAUCGUCAAAGUGCGCAACUGCCGUACAAGAAGAUUCCCUAUUUUCAAAAACGUGUGGAAGCCCGAACCUGAGGUCAAGUUCAAGCAAAUGGGCCUGGAUUCAAAGAAGCUCCUCGCAGACAGACCAUUGUCCUGUAUCUCAGCAACGUUAAAGGAUGACAAAUCCUCUGCUAAGAAGGGUCCGGAGACCGAGACAUGCCAAAUUAAAGUCAUCCCUAAGCAACCAUCAUUGGUGAUCGAAUCAAUGUCACUAUCACAGUCUGCAAUGAUGGUUCUGGAAGGAGAAGUCAAGUCGUUCAAGAUUACUCUCCAUAACACUUCCUCAUGCCCCGUGGACUUUGUCUUGUUUACUUUCCAAAAUUCGACCACUCGGCAACUUCAAUCGGCCCUCAAAAACAAAAAUCUACUUCCAGUCGAAGUCUAUGAGCUGGAGCUAAAGCUAGCCACCCAACCAGCCCUGCGAUGGCGUCGUGAAGGUUUGAAUUUCCAAGAUUGCUCGAUCCCAGCGAAGGAGAAGGCUUCUUUCACUAUCGAUGUAUUUGGCAAGCCUGGUCUACAGGAAACGACAGUGCAAAUCGAUUACUCUUGUGUGGGCAUCCAACGGGAAGAAUUGCCGGAAGUAUUUUACACCAGGCAAUUGUUCGUUCCGCUGACGGUCACCGUGAACGCGAGCGUCGAAGUUGCUCGUUGUGAUAUCCUGCCAUUCAGCGGUGACUUUGCAUGGCUAAAUCGUUUGAAUUCCCCCUCGGCAUCAGCAUCUGACUUCCCUAGCUCUGUCCUGGAAAAUGACCCUUUCUCUCAAGUUCUCUCCCGCUUGGGCACCGGAGCGUAUGGAUCAGAUCACUGUGUCGUAUUGCUGGAUCUUCGCAAUGCAUGGCCAAGUCCCUUAUCAGUAUGGCUGCGUGCCAGUGAGAAUUUCAUAUUGUCCACGGAUACAGAUGCAGAUGGCCAAUAUUCCGUGGGUGGUGAUCUUCAACCUGGUCAAGUAUCUCGAUUUAUCCUCGUACUACCCCGUGUAUACGUGAAUAACCCGCAUGCAUCAAUACCAGUGGUCAACACAGGUACUCGACGUCAAUUUGUCGUCAGUGCCAACAAGCUUUCAUUUGAAGCUGAAGCAGCUUCCCGAGAAGCCUUCUGGUUCCGAGAAGAGCUUCUCAAACGAAUCCUCGGAGGCUGGAAGGAGACUACCACGGGUCGUGAGGGCUCAAUUGACCUUCGCAAUAUCCGCUUGAAUGCCCGAAUGGUGGAAGCCAUGCGCCUGGAAGACGUAGACGCCACAUUCUCACUGACUUCUCCUGUCGCUUCAUCUAUCACACAAACGGGCCGCUCCCGCUUCUGUGCCAAAACAGAUGACCUUUUGACUUUGACUGUCACUGUUCACAAUCGUUGCUCACAUUCGAUUCAUCCCCUGCUUCGCCUCCAGCCCAGUUUGUGUCAUCAACCUCAUAAUGUUGCUCUAGAUCUCACCCGUAGACUCGCAUGGACCGGCAUGCUACAGCAGGCCCUCCCGAUCUUGCAUGGUGGCGAGUCUGUUCAAACUUCCAUCGGUGUGACAGUAUUAUGUCGUGGUGAAUACGAGUUUGGUGCCAGCAUUGAGGAAGCACGUCUCUUGCGACCUUUCGAUGAUGAUUGCAGGGAAGAAAACGAAGAUGGUGCCUCCCGUCCUUACGACGACGGCGUCCAGGAUACAUUUGGUGUGGAUGUUAUGAGACGACGACACAUCUGGCAUGCAAAGGACUCGUGUGUCAUUCAAGCAAAUGAUUAA